AUGGCUGGCGCGUUCGCUGCUGCCUCUUGCUCGUCAACGGUGUUCGCCCGCCACGACCCCUCCACAUACUUCCGGAGCAGGAGCGAUGUUUUUGGAUGCUCGAGGGGCCUGCGUAGGGGGAAGCAAUUUAAGCUUCCAUCGGUCUCGCGGCACUGGCCAGGGACAGUGCGGUCGUCUCUGGAGUCGGGUGUUGCUGACAUGAGUACAAACGGUAGGCUGGGGAUGAUUUCUUGAAUUCUAUUGUUGGAGCUCUUCUCUUCACCUUCUCGGUUAUUCACGUGUAAUUGGGUUUACAUGUAAUAUUUUGUUGACUCAGUCGAGAUGAGAACUCCCGCACCAACGUUUCCGGCCGGCUCUUAUUUUCUUUUUUAUUUUUCUAUGCUUUCCUUGGGGAAUGGAACUCAAAACAAUCUUCAACGAAGUUCUCCUCAUGCUAUCAAUCUGCUUCUCCAAUACAUUGUAGAUAUGCUAUUGCGAUUUCAUGCGUCUAUGCUCCAACAUGCAAGUUCACGUCAGUAAAUACCUUGUCUGUGCCCAUACUUCAUGGCUCACGGGAUAUGCUCAGUGCGGAUAUGUUGAUAAUAUUCUUCACGGGAUAUGCUCCGCGAAUACUGAAAAAUGGGAAAAAGGGGCGACAAUUUUAGCUUGACAGAUCCAUAUAACCGAAUGUUUCCAAGGGAAUGCAUUUCCGUGAAGGAAACAUCAUGUUGGGGUGACUUCAUAUUGUUCGGUAGAGUAAUUGCGUUUAUCCCCAAUAUUCAUUUGACACAUAAUGGGCUUGUUCUGAGACGACUAUAAAAAUUUUCUUUCUAUUUUCUCUGGUUUUUGGAUAAUUUUGCGUCGUGUCCUGUUGUUUUAAAGCUGUGAACAUAUUCAUAUCUCUGUUGAAGUUCAGUACUACAUAAAAUGUGUCUGUCAUCCUGUACACCAUGUAACAUGGCUAGAAAGAACCACAUGUAAAAUUUGGGUAGAUCUUCACUUCUAUUAAACAGCAAACUUUACACUGCUUGAACUCGUGUCUAAGUUGGCGGACUUGAAUUUUUGCCAGCUACGGUCAGAAGAUGGCUUAUGUUCCUACCUAACAAGCACAAUAUUCUUGGACUCAAAAAUUUAUAUUUUGGUUUCAGAAGAAAAUCCAGGCUACAGAUAUUAUGUGGACUACAACUGAUUUCUAAUAUGUAUGCAUAUAUAUCAGGACGGUUUCUCUGAUCCAUCUCUUACUUCAUGCCUUGGAACGUGUAUUAGGUGGAUGAAUAUAAGCUCCAAGUGAAAGAAAAUUCUGGUUUGUUUUGGUGUGUGUUUUUUACUGUUAGAGAAGUGCUAUAUCACUGAGGAUUUUCCAAGUGCGUUUGCUUAUUCAUUCAAUUAAGGUGGAAUAUUCAUUUUUUAUAUAAGUUGUAUUUUUUUUCUGUUAUGCCACUUUAUAUGUGGAGCAUAUCCUGAUAUUCCCAGAAUUGGUAAUUUUCAUUGCAGCCCCAAAAGGUUUGUUUCCUCCAGAGCCUGAAGAAUAUAGAGGACCAAAGCUUAAAGUGGCUAUCAUUGGUGCUGGGCUUGCUGGCAUGUCUACUGCAGUGGAGCUCUUAGAUCAAGGACAUGAGGUUUAAUUUCGUUCAACACCAACCUCCUUUCGACUAGGAAUAUUUUUCAUUGCCACUGGUUUUUUUUUUUAAUGGAUAUCGUGAGAAAUUUGUCAUUGAAUACUGCUAACUAGUAAACUUUUAGUCCGCAUAAAGAAACUAGGAGACAUUGUCUCUAAAAACAGUCAGAUUUUUUUUUCUCAAAUGACGCAAUUUUUGGUAUCUUUCAUUCAUAUUGAUCUUUCUAUUUAUUUUUGCCGCUUUCUUGCUAGUUAUUUUUUAUUCUCUUAGUUUUAAAAUUUGUUACAUUAUUUCGUUGGGUGCUUUUUUCUGUACGUAAACUUAAGUUCCUUUUGCAAAUUCUAUAGAUGGAAGACAGAAGGCAUGAGUUUUUUUCAUAUUUGUGCAGGUUGACAUAUAUGAAUUACGGAAGUUUAUUGGUGGCAAAGUGGGUUCCUUCGUGGAUAAACGUGGGAAUCACGUUGAAAUGGGACUGCAUGUCUUCUUUGGUUGCUAUAAUAAUCUCUUCCGUCUCCUGAAAAAGGUGAAGCUCACUGUUUUAUCAAUAUCACUGUAGGAAUGACGACUGAAUCCAAAUAGAAUGAAAGAUCUCUGAUGAGUAAUUGCUGAAAAUUCAUGAAUAGACAUUAGACGACCAUUGUUGGAAAAUCAUGUGUUGAAGCCUAUAAAAUAUGUGGAAAAUGAAUGGAGUGCUAUGUAUCCAACAAGUAUAGUGACUAAAUAAAAGGCCACUUGUGAAAUCUAUAGUUGAGCUUCCAAAGUUAACAUGGUUAUCCAAGGGAUAUUUUCACAUCUUAAAUAUUGUCCAUCUUACUUUAUUGUUAAUCCUGAUGAAACCCUCAAAAUAUCUUAUGAUUUUUUCUCUGUGAAUAGAAGGUUUAAUACUGCAGUGAUAUAUUUGAUAGAUUCUUCAAUUGAGGCUUUGUGCAGCACUUACCAUUCGAAUUUCUUUCCAAGAAAGCUUAGUGGAUUGAGCAUAGAGGCAUGCAAUGCAAUUGUUUUCCGUGGCUCUGAUAGUGGCUUCCAAAAACUUGGGGAAACUACCUUUAAUGACCCUUUGGGUGGCAAUGACAUACUUGCAGUGGUAGUAAUUCAGCUGACUGUUAAUUAGUUUUGAAAAAGGGAUGCAUGCAUGCUAUGUUUUCAUGUUUCUCCAAUGUACGUGAUUUGCUGUUAGUCAUGUUGCACUAUUAUUCUCGAAAACUAUGUAUUAUUUUUGAAGAUCAUUCUUUAUUUUUCCAUAUAAAUCCAGGUGGGAGCAGAGGAAAAUUUAUUGGUGAAGGAUCAUACUCAUACAUUUGUGAAUAAAGGGGGAGAAAUUGGCGGUAUGGUUUAUCAACAGGUCCCCAAAUAGUCACUUGUAACAGAUAUUCUCUGAGUCCAAUACUCUAAAGCUAUUUUGAUUUUAGUUGUUAAAAUAAAUGAAAAUUCUAACUUAUAAAUCCAUCUGUCGUUUUAGUAAACUAAUCUGCUCCUGGACUGCAGAACUGGACUUCCGUUUCAUGUUUGGAGCACCAUUGCAUGGGAUACGAGCAUUUCUUGCGACAAAUCAGCUGAAGGUAUGCUUAUAGAUCUGUAAUCCCUUUCACUAAAUUAGAUAUGGUAUAUUCUGAGAAUCUCCUAGGCGUACAAUUUGUUCAUAUUCUAUGGCUUACCUUAUUUUUUACACUGCAGAAAGGAUUAAUAAUUUUUUGCAAUGCAGAAGGUGCAUAUAGUUUUGUCUGAUCACUUGUCAGAUGCUUUGGGUUUGGUAAUUGCUUUAUUUCAACAAAUGCUAAUCGGAUUUAUUAGUCAGAAUUCCGCAAUCUUGAUCAGGCUACAAUGACUCGCCUUUUGCAGUUGAUACCUUCCUAAUCAGCUCAUGGGUCUGUUGGUUAUCAAUUGUCAAAUACAUGUGCCGUAAACAUCUAUGUUUUCAUGUUAUCAAUUGUCAAAUACAUGUGCCGUAGACAACUAUGUUUUCAUAUGUACACUACUUUAUUAGAGAAAAAGCUGAUUCUAAAUUUGACUAUGGGGAAGGAGGAAUAAAUAUUUAUUGAGGCUAGAAGAAUUCUUUUACUGCCUUAGAAAGUCAUGGAGGGUUUCGGGAAUGAACUGGUGGAUUGGAGAAUGCGACAAGGUACCCUCAGAACUAAAGCAUUGACAUUGGGUCUCUUCAAUCAUGGUUGACAUUGGGGAUCUGAGGAACUGAGGUUGGGUGAUAUUAUAAUGUUCUAUUUCAUGGGAAUGUGCAUUUUGCCAUCUGUGUUUUACGAAUAGUGGUUGCUGAAGGGAAUGAACAAAUGCCCUAAAAAGAGACCCCAAGACUGCUCUUAAUUUUUUUUUUAUACUAGAGGACAACCCCAUAAAGAAACACCAAUCACUCUUAUACGAAAAAUAUGAAGAGUCUCUUACUGGACACAAACGUACUUCUGAAUCUGGCUAGGUAGGGUAUCAAUCAUGAACUUUUUGUACAUUUGUUGUACCCAGGACCUGCAUUAUGUGAAACAUGCUAUAUUCAAUUUAUUCAAUUUUUCAACUUUUUUUUCCUACAUAUAUUGCUGAUAAUUUGGCAAUAUAUUCAAUGUUGAGACUUUUUUUCCCUACAUGUAACACUGAAAGCCUCUUUUGUUCGUUUGGAUUUUUUAAUUCACUUAAUUUUAUAUUUUGGAACUGCUUAAAAUCUGUGCUUUCACAUAGUUUUUUUUCCUUUUCUACAUUUCGUUUCUGCUUGAAAGAUUUUGUUACCUCGGCAAUGGAUUCAUGAUUCUUAGUCAUGGUUUGUUAUCUGACGGAUGCAGACAUUUACGGACCUAUUUUUAUCAACUUUGCAGACUUAUGAUAAAGCGAGAAAUGCUGUGGCUCUUGCUCUCAGCCCAGUUGUGCGGGCUCUCAUUGAUCCAAACGGUGCAAUGCAGGAAAUACGGAACUUAGAUAGCGUUAAGUAUAUCUUCCUUUUAUUUUGCUAACGUAUUCGGAAUUAUGUGGUUUCCUGGCGUCAUUAUUUUGGAUGGGAUUUGGUUUGUGUAUCCAUCCUUUCAUUCCUUUAUUUUGUAUUUGAUCGCACAAAUUUAAGCGAUGGUUACUUUAGUUUUUGUUUUUGUUUUUUUCUGUGCAUUAUAUUGAAGUCUUUCUUUUAUUCACACUCCCAGAUUAGUUUCUCAGAUUGGUUCCUAUCUAAAGGUGGCACACGUAUGAGCAUCAAGAGGAUGUGGGAUCCAGUUGCUUAUGCCCUUGGAUUCAUUGACUGUGACAAUAUCAGUGCCCGUUGUAUGCUUACUAUAUUUUCAUUAUUUGCUACGAAGACUGAGGCUUCUCUGCUGCGUAUGCUCAAGGGUUCACCUGAUAAUUACUUGAGUGGACCAAUUAGAAAGUACAUUACUGACAGAGGGGGCAGGUCUGAGAUUGCCGUAUCACAACUAAUUGAUAUAUCUGUCGUGCUACUUUGCUCUGUGUUAUUUGGAAAAAAGCUGUCUUUUAGUUGUUCUAAACUUUAGUCACCUUCUCAGGUUUCACGUGAGGUGGGGCUGCAGAGAGAUUUUAUAUGAUAAAUCAAGUGAUGGCAAUACGUACGUCACAGGCAUUGCCGUGUCAAAGGUUCGUGCAAAGCCCAUCUUCAUCAUGUGGUUUCAUUUUCUUUUGAGUUUUGAAACUUAUUUGCAAAAAAUAUGAUGAAGCAUGCGGUUUAUCCGUUGCCUUUUUGGGCCUUAAUGCAGCUUUUCGAUCAUAUGAUUAAGCAAUUGACAUCACCUGCCUUAACACAAAUAGAAGAGUGAGUGUUGUAAUGUGUGCCUUGUGACAUCCACCUGUAAGUCCCUCUAUUCGCUGCCCAAGGAAACUGAUGAAAAUUACACAACCAGGGAUCCCUGAGGAGCCAGCUGCAUUUAUGUUGGACUGUGAAUGCCACUGGUUGAUUUCUCUUUUAUAAUUUUUGAUCUCAACUGUUGAGAAUUCCAAAAUGCAAUGUGCAGUAAAGCAAUUGUAGUAUCAUCAUAUGAUAUUUCAUAGCAAUGUGUAGUAUCUUUGCUAGUGAAUGCAUUGGAGGGUCUCAUAACGUUGACGUAACGAUCAAGUCCUUGAUCUGGGCUGAAUGAAUGAAUCUUUUAUUAAUGAAAAUCUUGUUCUUUUAAAGAGGAAAACAUAUCAAUUGAAGUCCUUGAGUAAAUGUUUAAGACUUUAUUGUCACUACAGAUACGGGGCCGUACAUGCACAUACUACUUUUUGUGGCUAUAUACAACAUAAACUAUAUUUAACGUUGUAAAGCAUCUGCCCAGUGCAUUCUAAAUAUUGGAGCAGGAGUAUGGUGACAUUCUACCCAUUGGUUCGCUAGAUAUGUUCUUUCUGUUGUUAUGUAUCACGAUUUCUCGAUCAUUUGAAUGUGAAUGUCUAAUCUGUAUGAAAAUUUAUCAACAUUAUCUAAAUUCCUUAGCUAAUGUGUGCAUUUAUUUGGGUAAAAUAGGCUACUGACAAAAAGGUCGUGAAAGCUGAUGCAUAUGUCGCAGGUUAGUGUAACAUGUGAUUUUUGAACUUGUUCUCUUGACUCAGAUACAUAUUUGAGAAGAUGAUAGACCAACUUAUUGUAGGACAGCGUGUGAUGUCCCUGGGAUUAAAAGAUUAAUUCCAGCAGAAUGGAGAGAGUGGAAUUCGUUUGAUAAUAUCUACAAACUUGUUGGAGUGCCGGUUGUCACUGUCCAGCUCCGUUACAAUGGCUGGGUCACAGAGUUACAAGAUCUGGAGUUAUCAAGGUAAAUAUCUACCAUAAUGUUUCCUAUUUCUCGAGUUAUGGAUUAAUGCAGUCAUGUUUGUUCGGUUAACUCCAUUUUGUAACGUGUUAUCUAAUCUCUGUGGCUACAUGUACACUGUUAAGAAUCUAUCUUCUGAAUCACAGGCAGGUGAUGCGGGCAGUGGGGUUGGAUAAUCUCCUCUACACUCCUGAUGCAGAUUUUUCUUGUUUCGCGGACCUUGCACUCGCUUCUCCAGAGGAUUACUACAUCGAGGGCCAAGGUUCAUUGAUCCAGUAAGGAAAACUCUUGCUGCUUGUAUCUGUACCCAUGUCAGGCAUAUUUUAUAUUUUUGAUAUGAAUGUAAUGCUUGCCGGGCUUCACCGUACAUCUGUCCACGCCCAUAUCAUCACCCAAGCUGUUUAUUGCAUGGUAAAGGCACAAACCAUCAUCAUAUACCCUCAAUACGUUUUGCUUUGGACUUGCUGAGUGCUUUGUAUGAACUAUGUAUGCUGCGUGACCCUGAUGUAGAGCGAGAGAAAUCAUCAAAACAUAAUAUAUUUGAAUAAUAUAGAUUUUGAACCUUGUUGACGAUCAGCAGAUCUUCCAUGGGUCAAAAACGGGAUAUUGACCUGAUGCCUUCUUUUCUAUGUUAAUGUUUUCAAUCCUCUGACAUCUUAUAAGAUGCAAGAUUUCCUGUUUUCGGAAUCUUUGAUGUGUUCUAUAACAUGAUACCUUUCUCCCUCAGGGCUGUGCUUACCCCUGGGGACCCCUACAUGCCAUUGAUAAAUGAGGAAAUCAUAACCAGAGUCCAAAAACAGGUAUUUUAAUGCAGCCAUCCAUCAAAACCUUCAUGAUUAUUGAUCCAUCACCAACAUGCUUCAAUUUUUUCUUUUAUGGUGACGGCACUCAGCCUAUUAAGAAUAGGGAAUACUAUUUAAAGUAACCUAAGGAAUAUAAAUUUAUACAAGAAUUGACUGUUUUGACUUCUUGGGACUCGUCUCGUCACAUUUUUCGCAGGUCUUGGAGCUGUUCCCAUCUGCGAGAGGUUUAGAAGUUCUUUGGUCCUCUGUGGUCAAAAUCGCUCAGUCUCUGUAUCGUGAGGGUCCGGGAAAUGAUCCGUUCAGGCCUGAUCAAAGGACGCCGGUUAAGAAUUUCUUCCUUUCUGGGUCUUACACCAUGCAGGUAACCAACUGCCCACUUUGACUUAUGUUCGUCUUUUUCUUUUUUCUCUGCCCAGUUGUCAAUCGCUUUUUCUUUACUGGGCGUUCAUCUAGCCCGUUGACUUCUAUUUUUUUCUGUACAAGAUUAGGCUGAUCAAAGAAUGGUUAAUGGACCGUUUGAUCUGUGACCUCUUGUAGGAUUAUAUAGACAGCAUGGAAGGAGCCACCCUGUCAGGAAGGCAGACGGCGGCGUAUAUCUGUGAUGCUGGGGAAGAACUUGGGGCUCUGCGGGCGAAGCUUGGUGCUAGUGAGUUGCCGGUCUUGGCGUGA